AUGCUGAAGAAACUCACGCUCGCCGGUGGGCUCUUGAUCGCUGUGAACCUGAGCUUCCUCGUGGGUGGCAUUCUGCUGCUCCGGUUCAAGGCCACACUCGAGCGAAGCGGAUGGACCGAUGCACUGGAACACACCGACUACGAGUACGUUGCCCACACUGCGACGUGGAUGCUCCAGCUGCUGGGGAUCGCUGCCAUUGUGCUGGCGCUCGUGGGGAUCAUUGGCGCUGUGGUGCAGAACCGCUUGAUGCUGCUGCUCUAUGCGCUCGUCGUGGUCGUCGCCAUGGCGGUCUUCGGGGUCCUCGCAGGCCUCGCGUUCGCGUUCAAAGCUAAGAUGACUGGCUACGAGGCAGCUGCGUACCCAGUGGACGACCGAGAAGCAGUGGUGGCCACGACGUUCAAUCAGGUGUACUGCUACGCGGAGGGGUACUACUACUGUAACAAUGCAACGGCUGCAGAGGCGUACACGACGUUCUUCCCCGAUGCUCCUGGGGAGCUCCUGAGUCUAUUGCCCAAUGUCACGGGCAUUGUGUCGCUCUGUGGCGAGCUCUCGAGCACUGUGAGCGGCCUGCAGACUGUGUGUGAAGCCUGCAACAUGUCGACGACGUUUGCCAAGUACGACCGGAUCUUAAUGUGGGCCGAGGACAAGUGCCCGCGCACUGCUGUUACGGGUCAGUGGUGCGCCUCGUUCCUCGCCACGGGCACUCCCGGCGAAGCGUACAAUGGCGCGCCGUACGGCCAGUGCCGUGCCAUUUUUUUUGGCGUGGCGAUCGACUGGAGCAACACGAUGGCCACAGCCGGUCUGUUGCUGGCGAUUGCAGCACUUGUUAUUGUGGUCAUGACGUGUUUCGCCCGUCGGUCGAAAGAGCGCGUGACAACGGAUACCCACGAGGUGCACGAGAUGCAUAAUGGCAUGGACAAGCUGGACGACGUGCAUGGAAGUCACUAG